AUGGCCACCGCAGUUAUGUCGUACCGCGCCGAAGCGGACAUAUACUGCUCCUUGAACCCGGAGGACUUCAAAUGGUCUGACCACAUUGUGUGGCAAUUCGACAAGAAUAGCAACCUCAUCAACUCAGGCCAGGUUUGGAUUGUCGAAAAGCGCCCUGCCGAGCCCGAGUCCGCCUUCACGUCGAUCCGCCCCGAAGACGAGCCCGAAGCCGAAGGCGACCGCUUCCGCGGCCUGCGCAUACAGUACGCCCGGGAGAAUUGGGGCGUCACGCUAACAGCGUAUGACCUGGACGACCUUGAAAACCCGCGUAGCGCCUACCACAAGAACCUGGACGGGCUGUGCAGGUAUCUCGAUGGUAUCAACUCGUUUGGUACCAGCACCUGGGAACGGAAAAUCGAGCAGCUCGGAGGCGAGUGUGAGUUUGAUGACUAUUAUGCCGAUUUUGACUUCCUCGGGGAGCAGUAUGACGACGAAGAGUACUAUGAGCAGUGGGGGCUCGAUGAGAUGAAUGAGAUCUAUAGUACCCUAUGCGAGACGGGCAUUGAAGAAGAGACAACCUUGGUCGAGCCUGAAGCUAUCGAAAUAGUCGACGCUGAAGCCGAGUCCCUCCCGACCCAAGGAGAUAAGCCCGUCGAGCCCGUCGAGUCCCCUACGCGACCUGAUAGUCCCGAUGAGUACUGGCGUAAGGACACCUUCCUUGCCUGCAGCAAGCUCGCCAAGAAGGUCGAGAAAAAGCUUUCCGCCGCCAAGCACACUGUCGCCAAGGUGCUCAAGUCGAUUUCACCGAAGAAGGUCGCUAGGAGCCUGAAGGAGGCGAGAAGAUGA